AGAACAUUUAUAUACUGCACUAAGUUACGCAAUUAUCACUACUCCCUCAGAUACUCUAGUCUGCAAGUGUAACCAUCACAAUCGUCACUUCAGUAAUAUCAUGUCUGACUUUCACCACUGGUCGAAUAACGGAGUACCUAACUCCUCUGCGUCAGGACCUGGCCAACAUUCUCUUGAUGAGAUGUUUCAGUGUAUGUGGGAUUGUCCAUAUCCAUUGCAUUGCAAUGCCCUGAUUCGCGGCUACAAUCUCUCCGCUCACCUGCGCGAGGCUCAUGGGAUUCACGGGUCAGACAAAACUCGUCUUUUGUGCCAAUGGAAAACUUGUAACAGGGAGUUCAACAAGGAGAGUCUUUCGAGGCACGUUGAGGAAGUCCAUAUGGGGAUUGUAUACAGAUGCGAGUGGUGUGGAACUCCAUUCUCGCGCAAAGAUACUCUCAAUAAGCACAAGAAAACUCCGCAUUAAAUAGGGAGUCGGGAUCCCGUGUUAUCUAUCUUCUAUGUCAUGACUUCAGCUAGAGCUGUUGCCUGUGUUGCACAUGAUCCGAUACACUUACUAGUUUCCUCUAUGUUAUGUUAUUUACCCUGGUGGUAAUAUAUUUAUGUAGUUCAAGUACGUACGAAACCGUAUUUCGAAUAUCAAAUUAGUAGCAAUUUGUCAAUUUUGCAAGUUACAGAUCAUCGGGCUACUCUCAGG